AUGAGCGAGGGAGAGACUGACGCUACCUGUCUAGACUCGCAGAGUGACGAAUAUUUGGAUAUAGAGGACAUUGAUGAUGCCGAUGGAGACGUUGAUGGUGACGGCGAUGUUGACGGCGACGAGAUCGAUGAUGAAGAUCUGACCAACAAAUCCGGGAGCGAAGCCAAUGGCAAAUCUUCAUCCUUCCCCCAGCGUCGAAUGUUGAGGACCCCGAAGUGUGCUCGUUGUCGUAAUCACGGAGUCGUGUCGUGUCUGAAGGGGCACAAGCGUUACUGUAGAUGGCGAGACUGCCAGUGCUCCAACUGCCUCCUGGUGGUGGAACGACAACGGAUAAUGGCAGCACAAGUAGCCCUGAGAAGGCACCAGGCCACGGAGAUGACGGGCCAGAUGAAGGCCAAGGUGAAGAGUGCCGCAUCUCUCCUGCAGCAGCGGAAACUCCUGCAGAGGAACCUCAGAAGUCUACAGCAGCACUCCCUGUCCCGCGACAUCCUUACCAGUUACCGUGCUCGCCUCCACGCCCUCCCCCAACCGGAGUCUCUCCGUACCAUGGUACCCUACAUGAACGAGAGGAUGAGGAAGAGGAGGUGUUUCGCUGACAAGGAGUUGGAGCUGGUGAUGCUGGAACGAGAGAGACAGGCAGAGAUCGUGAAGAGUCGUGAAGCGGGGGAGACAACUCCAACCAGGAACAUAGAGCUGACCAAAUCCCGUCUUCUCGUAGGCAAUAUGACACCACGAGAGUUUCUCCAGAGAAUCUUCCCAACUCAUAAUCCAAAUGUGCUGGAGUUGGUUUGGCAGGGCUGUGGUGGAGAUCUUGAACGGGCAAUAGAACAGUUGGCCUCUGGAAUGAAAUCAGAGGCUCUUGCUCCAGUAAGGCAUCAUCAAGCUCUAGCGGCGAAGUUGAUGCCGUAUCAGUUUCCUGUGCCAAUGAUAGGAUUAAAAUCUCCCCCUCCAGAACUAAUACCAAACGUCCAUAUGCAGAACUCACUAUGUGCAAUGAACUUCCCACCAUGGGCGCUACAUAUGAACAUGGCGGCUGGUGUUUUCCCAGCAUGCCCUACAGUACAGAUGCAUACGACGCAACAUCCGGAGCGGAAGUCAGAGCCGAACCAAGUUGACAUGAGGAAAGCCAUAAGCACAGAGGAUUUGAUUGCUCGACGUUCUGCCUUUCAGUCGUUGCACCCGACUCCGUCUCAGUCCUGUGUGUCCUCUGACUCUGUUUCCGUCCUCAGUGACAGCAGCUCCCCCAGUCCCCAUAGUCCUCAUAGCCCACACAGUCCGGCCUCCUCAAGUGAUGAGGCAGCUGAUGUGUACACGAAAAUAGUGAAGGCAGCGCCUCUCAAAUUCUCGGUGGAAUCUAUAAUAGGCAAAUGACAAGCUGAAGACCCGUUAUGUUCCGGUUGUAAAACACGAUGGUCUGAAUGCUCAUAAUUCAGAGAGACUGAAUUCUUGCCCAAGUAAAAACCAUACUUAUUCAAAAAUGCACAAAUGCAAUUUCCCUUUCCUUUCAUGAAUCCUUCAACUAAUUAACUGAAAAAGAAUGCUGCUUGAUCGAGGUAUAAGAGUUCGAUUCAUUAGAUACCCAUCCAUAGCAAUACGUGACUUGGUUGUUUACAUCGCAUCAAUAAAUACUUUAAUUAUUUUUAAAUAUCAUUUCAAGCAUCCGUGAAACUAUUGCUAAUACCCAAAUAUCGGUUUUGACAUUUUGAGGAAGAUAAGGACCUUGACGUCAGCACCAUCAGUCAUUUGUUGCCACCCGGGGAUAUUUCAAAGCCUGUUUAGUGUACAUAUACGUUUCUGUUCAACUUGUAUAUAUCUUGCCUUGUGUACAUGCGUCCGUUUUUAUCUUGCAUAAAUCUUUACCUUGAA